AUGGGAACUAUAAGAAACAUAAAGAGAGUCAUCAUUAAUUGCAAGGGUUCUUUUUGGAGCAUAGAGGAACUUAUGAAAGAGAUGGGGGGUCGGUCACAUGUUCAAAAUGAGGCUCUUUGUCGAUUUGUUUUCCCAGAUAGGCCAGGAGCUUUGAUGAAAUUCUUGGAUGCUUUCAUUUUAUUCCUGGUUUUCCUUUCGGGAGAUACUGGUGCAAAUGUAUUAGUCGGUUUCCAAGUUGCCUCGACAGAUAUGGAUGAGUUUCAGGGUCGUGCCAUCAGUCUUGGAUACGACUAUGCUGUAGAGAGCACAAAUGAAGCAUUCCAGCUUUUAAUGCGUUGA